CGAGGGAAGGCGGGGGGAGAGACACACACACAGUGAAGAGUCAUAGGCAGGCGGACGCACACACACACACGGACCCACACACACACACGAGGGAGACAUCGGCAGAGCGGACAGGGAGGCACGAGGCUCCCGGUUACGUCCAUUAGAGAGUCGCCCUUUCGCCUCGGCGCGGCGCAUCGCCUCCCCGAGCCAUCUCGGUGGGUCCCUUCCUCCUCCAUCUCCUCCAUCUCCUCGUCCUCACCGACUGCAGCGUAGCAGCUCGACUCAGCAGCCAUGUCGAGUGGGCGCGAGCCUCGCAGCGCGGACAGCCCCAGCACCAGCAGCGGCAGCUCGGACGCUGACCAACUGGACGCCCCCCCACCAGAGACCGAGACACCCCAGCCCAAGAAGAAAGAGGCCAAGAUCUCGGGAAAAACAGCUGCCAAGUUGUCUACCAGCGCCAAGCGGAUUCAGAAGGAGCUUGCGGAGAUAACACUGGACCCCCCUCCCAACUGCAGUGCUGGCCCGAAGGGAGACAACAUCUACGAGUGGAGGUCCACCAUCCUGGGGCCGCCAGGCUCCGUGUACGAGGGGGGCGUCUUCUUUCUGGACAUCACCUUCACCCCCGAGUACCCCUUUAAACCCCCCAAGGUGACUUUCCGUACACGGAUUUACCACUGCAACAUCAACAGCCAGGGUGUCAUCUGUUUGGACAUCCUGAAAGACAACUGGAGCCCGGCACUCACCAUCUCCAAGGUGCUGCUUUCCAUCUGCUCCCUGCUCACCGACUGCAACCCUGCUGAUCCGUUGGUGGGAAGCAUCGCCACACAGUACCUGACAAACAGGGCCGAGCAUGAUCGGAUGGCUCGCCAGUGGACCAUGCGCUACGCCACGUAAGCUGGUUGCUGCCCAAAAGAGUAUUUUCUACGAGGGGUGAUCGAAAAGUUUAUGGCCCGAUGUAGAACUUUCAUCGUGCUCACCUUGAUGAAACCGUGCUAUUGCCCGACCUGGCCCCCUCAUGCAGUUCAAAGUGCUUCGUUCCAUUGAUUUUCCAACCCUUCGACUAUGCUCAUGAAAUAUACAUCAUCUUCUUACGACUCAAACCACUCAUUUACACCAUUUUUUGUUGUCAUUAUCAGUCAAAAAAAUUCUCUGAAAGAUAUAUAUUUGUUUUACUUUGGAAACAUGCAGGAGUCACUACAAGGCCCAGAUCUGAUGAUUGUGUGGAAUGAGCGACCAAUUCAAAUGCGACAUCACGAGUGGCAGCCGUGGCAACUUGGAACUUGUGAGCUGGAUCAUUGUUCUGUUAAAACAGCACAAUGUAUCGUGACGUUUAGAAUCUUUUUGAUAAUUUGUGAUGUUUUUCUUUUCAAUUGGGAUCUUUGCAAUGCUGCCGUGUGAUGAAGGUGGCUUGAAAUACGAAUGUUGUGACUUGAUCUGCCUCCCAUGAAACCAACACUUUGCCUAGCCUUCAAGUCUACACUUUAGUGGUAGUGAUUGUGUUUCCAAUGAAUUAUCUGAGCUUUGGUGUCUGAAUCAAAGUGACGGAUGCAUGUUUUAUCUUUAGUCCCUUGUCUUUUAGAUAACUUUUUUUUAUGGAAUUUGAUUUACGGUCCAGGGGAACAUGACUGCCUGAGUCUAGUUCGCUUUUACUGGACGUUCAACAUUUCUGAGGACGCAUGUCGUCACUUGCUUGUCCAUAUAUUGUUGGUCAAUCUCUGCCUUUUGAGAUACUAUAUGAUGGGCCACAAGUCUCAAAUAUCUCUUACGAUCAGACAGCGAUGGUGUUGAUUAGCUCAUAAAAUGUUUAUUAUUUUCAAUGUUAGUAGUUGGGUGGACAUACCCAUGGCACAUCAGCGUCACAAGUCCUCUUCCACAUUAAAUCCCUGCACACUGCUCACCAUGAGAUAUGAUGAGGCAGUCUGCUUUGUCAGUGUUGGGUCAUUAUCUUGUGACUGUUCUCAGCUCGGAUUUCAUUAUUUCUCAACUAACACAGACAAUUCAAACUCCUAUUCUGCAUGAAAACACGGUUAUCAUUAUGAAAUCAAUUGAAUCUGUUAAUGGAACAUUUACACUUUGCGUUGUAGCACUAAUAGUUCUGUGUUGGGCCGUGGGUCAUUGAUCACCCCUUGUCAAACCUUUCAUGGAAAAAAAAAGGGGGAACCGAGAUGUAUAUGGUGUAAAGUCACUCAAACUGUAAAGUGAUUUUCUAUUAUAAAAAGGAAAAAAAACAAAAAGCAACUAAUGAUUUCUAGAGCCUUUGCAGGUGAGCUUUGAGGUAGCAACGUAGGCCAAUUUUGUCUCGUUUCCAUUAGGGACGUAGUGCGCGUUUUGAAUAUAACCUCCAAGAGUUCCUAGAUUAACGUGGGCAGUGCCAGAUUUUUGCAUGUGUCAGUGCGUGUGGUCCAGUUGGUUCCUGAUUGCAGUGUUACAUUGUAUUUUCAGUAUCUUGACAUGUUGGAGUAGUGUUUCAGCAGUAAACUAUUAUUCAGGAAAUGCAGUCUUUCAAAGGUGGAAAUCUGUGUGCGUGUGUGGUAUAGAAGAGGGCAAAUGUCUCCCUGAAUGUGCUUAUCAGUUUCUCUUUCGUUACAGUCUCCAAAGAGCGCAGCAGGUUGAAUGUUUCCCCCUUUGCUUUUGUACAAGCUUGUCCAUAUGUAUCAUCAUCCAGUAAAUGAAUGGUGUAGUUCAUAUGAAGAAAAGUUAAUUGUUUAAUGCUUUUAGAUUAAUGUUUUUAUUGAAAUGCCUGAUAACUAAUUUUUCGGUUGUUGCAACCACAACAUAUUUCAAUGUGUGUUGAACUUCUUUCGCAUCGUAUGUAGCCAGCCGUGCUAAUCGGAGGUGCGGGGGAGGGCAACCAACUAAACGCAAAAAGCAGUUCUAAAGAAAAGAGUUUUCAAUCUAGCCGAUUUAAAAGUGCAUCGCUCCAGUGGCUUCCUAAUAUCGGAAUGAAGAGCGUUCCAGACGGCCACAGAAGCGCAUCUGAAAGCGCCGCGCGAUGCAGCGACCACCGUCUUUGUUGGACGGUGCACACAAGCACGGAUUAAGUGGCUCGGCAAAAUGUUAAAGGAUAAUAUUUUAAGAAACAGCCUUUGUCAGAAAGGGAAAAAUAUGUUACUUUGACCAGUCAAGCCUUCUUGAGCUUAAUAAAGUAGGGAUAUGCAUGAGUUGUUGGUAUGUUUAAAGGCUUGUGCAAUCUCUUGUUAUUGUAAAUGUACAUACUGUUUACAUUUUAUUGGAAUUUUCCCAACACUAAAUUCGGGGGUUUCAGCCAUUUCCAAAACAUGUGAUUAAGACCCUAAUUCCUAAUCCUUGGCAACUGUGCACUGUUAGAUUUCCCAGGAAAUGUUAGGCCUGGCAAAUGUUACAAACUCAUAGCCAUGGUUUUCUUUCACCGUUACCAGUAAUACAUUUGAAAUUUAAAUCUUUCACCUGUACAUUUUGCUGACGUAAGGCAUAAUGAAUGCAAUAAGACGAUUUACUGUAACUGUUUAACACGUAGUAGGCUUUCGCGACCAAUAUCAUCCAUAAUAGAGGUUUUUUUGGAUUAGAUCACUUAAAUAUAUAAAUGUGUCGUUAAAACCCACCACCACCCGACACAGCCAACUAGUAAGGGUUGUCACGUAAACAGAACGUGGCCAAUUCGUCACUAGUACAGCACUAACCGGUGUGUUGGAGAGCCAAGCCACAACAUUUACAAUCUGAGUACGACGUUUCGCCAGUAAUUACAACUAGCUUCAUCAGGCGAUAGCCAGAUUUGUGGAGAAGUCUAACUGUUUCGUUCCUUAUAUAGAGGCGUAGAUGUGGUGAUCACGCUUCUAUGCUCUUGCACCACGUGGGGUGGGGGGGGGGGAUUCUAAAGAAAACGUACGCUAUGCAUUAACCUGAUGUCCCAUUAAGACCCAUAGUUAGUACAAUAGGCUCUGCCAUGUACAAAUUAGCACAAUACCCAACGAAACAAAUACAGCCCUACAUUGGUAGGACCUCUUCGUUCAUCAAAAACUCUGAACAUCUCGGAAAAAUAUAAUCAAGGAUAAUAAGCUUAACCCUAAUGAUAUUCUCAUAAGUUUUGAUGUGACCUCUCUGUUCACGAGGGUUCCAGUCAACGAGUCAAUUAAAUUACUCGACACUCUGGUAACGAACAAAGGUUUAGCCAAAGAUAUCCCAAGACUAGCUGAACACUGUCUAAAGAACACCGACUUCUUGUGGCAAGGUGAAUUCUAUAAACAAAAGGAAGGAACAGCAAUGGGCUCUCCUUUGUCUCCUGUGAUAGCGAAUUUGUACGUGGAAGAUUUUGAAACAAAAGCAAUAGCUUCAAGCACUCUAAAACCAUCUGCUUGGUUUAGAUAUGUGGAUGACACAUUGGUGGUCUGGCCACACGGCAAAUAUACACUGAACGCAUUUCUAAAUCAUCUCAACUUGCAAAACCCAUCCAUCCAGUUCACCAUGGAAGUGGAAGCUGACGGAACUCUACCAUUUCUGGAUAUUCUGCUCGGACGGGGCCGGAGUGGUAAAAUAACACACAGUGUUUACCGAAAGAAAACGCAUACUGACGCCUAUCUGAAAGCAGUCACACCAUCAUCCCACGCAGAAAUCUGCUCUUAUCAAGACGCUCAUUCAUCGAGCUAAGAAAGUGUCUGAUGGUGACAGUCUGAGAAGUUAAAUUCAACAUGUUAAAGAAGCACUGCAAAUGAACGGUUACAAUGGUGCACAAAUGAACAGGGCAUUGAAUGCCAAAGCCAAAUCAAAUAACACGACCAUUGAAACUGCCCAAGUAAUUAAAACGAUCAAAUACCGUACAUUGCGGGAGUAACUGAUAAACUAGCCAGAUAUUUGGAAAAACAAAACAUCCGAGUCAGAUUUGGCACGGUACAUAAAAUACAUAAAUUAAUAUCUGGUACAAAGAUGUAUUACCGAAGCUAUCAACCGAAGGUGUGUCCAGGAUUAACUGCACGUGUGGUAAAUGUUGUGUUGGGCAAACAGGACGAAUGAUCAGCACGAGACUAAAAGAACAUCAGAGAAAUAUUAAAUUCUCCCAAAUUGUACAAGAGCGCAGCUGCGUUGUCAACGCAUCUACGCCUCUAUAUAAGGAACGAAACAGGUAAGACUCCACAAAUCUGGCUGUCGCCUGAUGAAGCUAGUUGUAAUUACUGGCGAAACGUCGUACUCAGAUUGUAAAUGUUGUGGCUUGGCUCUCCAACACACCGGUGUUGCUGUACUCGUGACUAAUUGGCCGCGUUCUGUUUACGUGACAACCCUUACUAGUUGGCUGUGUCGGGUGGCCGCGGGUUUUAACGACACAUUUAUAUAUUUACGCGAUCUAACCCCAAACAACUCUUAUGGAUUACUGUAACUGUUUUAUUUGUGUGCUGAAGCUGUACCGUGUGCUGUCCAGUUCCCCUGAACAUGACUGUAGUUUAUACGAUUUACAAAUUACAUUUAUCAUGCAAACUA